AUGCCUCGCCCACCCAAGGCCAACAAGGACAAGGCCGCCGUCCCUCUCCCAGUUAUGCCCGCCGUCGCUCCCCGAGCAGUUGAGGUCGAGAAUUUCAUUCGCGUCCGCGACUCGACUCUUGGCCGUCUCAAGACCAUCCAGCAGCUAAUUAAGUCUUUUGCUGAUGAUUACCUGCACUGCCCGUCCCAUCAUCGCCGCCGAUCUUGGCAGCAGCGCCCCAAGCGCGCUGUCCAGGAGGAGGGCCAGCGUCGCUGGGCCACCAUGGGUGCUACCGAGAAGCAGGGCUGGAACCAGGCUUAUCAGUACAACUUGAGGCUCUACAAUGCCCGUGUUCACUCUUACAAGAAUGGCAACCCCGAGGCCAAGAACAUGGAUGACCAAGAAGCUCUGAAGUACGCGGAUGAGUUUAGCAUCCCCAUCCCCGUGAGCGACGAGAACGCUGCCAAUGAGCAGGACGCCAUUGCGGAGCAGCUCAAGGGCACUAGCGCGGAUGCUCACGGUGAGACCAAUGAUGCUGCCGAUGAGCCUGAUGCCACGCCUCGCGCUCCUGCCACCCCCGCCAGCCCCGCCCAGAAGAGGAGGAGAACUUCCAGCAAGCCUACCGAGGAUGAGCCCAAGAAGUCGGGACGCAAGAAGGCUGGCAAGAACGCCUAA